GCGCUCUUCAACCACUCAAUCGCAACAAUGGCCAACCUAUCAUAUGGCCGUGGCGGAGCAGGCAACAUGGCCCCCGCCUCCCCAAACCUCCCCCCAACCGACCUCAAAACCCCCACCAUAAAAUCCCAAACCUACACAACCGGCCGCGGCGGGCAAGGAAACAUGCAACCAAACGUCCACCCAGACAUAACCCGUCAAACCCAAGACGUAGAAGCCCACCCCCGCGCCGGCCGCGAACCGGAAAAGAACUUCCAAUGGGGAAGAGGAGGUGCUGGAAAUACGGCGAGCUUGAGUAAAGAUCAGAUUGUGGAUAUUGCGGCGAGAAAUGCGAGUAGGCAGAGAGCGGAGGAGGAGGAGAGGAAGAGAAAUCCUCAGCAACAGGGUGGAGAGAGUAUGGAUCAGAAGCCGAAGAAGGAGAAUAGGGGGAAUGUUGUCGGGCAUAUGCUCCAGAGGGUUAUGAGCAAGGGUCAGUGAGAGGGAAGUCUUGCAAGACAAGAGGAGGGAUAGGUGGAAAGGAAAGGUGAUGUGGUGUUUUCUUGCUCUGCUGUUUUGUCAUCUGCUGUUUUUCUUGAUACCAUUUUACGUUUGCGCUGGAGAGAGAGUACCUAACCUGAUCCAUUUUGUUUUUGCCUACAUCUGCUUCGAAGCCGACUAACCUUUGCAAGGAAAUGCUAUG